AUGCCCGGCUUCGACUUUAGCAACUACAAUCGCAACGCGGCCUUACAUGCACGAGGUGUCCCACUGCCGAAGGCAACGAGCACAGGGACAACUAUUGUAGGGUGCAUAUUCGACAAUGGCGUGGUGAUAGCUGCAGACACAAGAGCAACGAGCGGACCUAUAGUUGCGGACAAGAACUGCGAGAAAUUGCAUUAUAUCUCUCCCAACAUCUGGUGCGCCGGUGCUGGUACUGCAGCAGACACCGAAUUCACUACCGCCCUCAUCUCCUCCAAUCUCGAACUACACUCCCUAUCUACGGGCCGGACACCCCGAGUCGUCACGGUGAUGACAAUGCUGAAACAGCAUCUCUUCAGAUACCAAGGCUACAUCGGCGCGUACCUGGUGGUUGCGGGUGUUGAUCCUACAGGAGUGGGAUUAUUCACCGUACACGCUCACGGCUCAACAGACAAGCUCCCCUACGUGACUAUGGGCUCUGGUUCGCUUGCCGCCAUGGCAGUAUUCGAAUCGACGUGGAAAAAAGACUGCAACAGAGAAGAGGCCAUCAAAAUCUGCUCGGAAGCGAUUUUGGCCGGUAUCUUUAAUGAUCUGGGUUCAGGAAGCAAUGUCGACGUCUGUGUGAUUGAGAAGGACAAACCAUCGCAGCUGAUGCGGAACUACAUCAAACCCAACGAGCGGGUAAAGAAGGAGCGCAAUUAUAAGUUUGCAAGAGGCACGACUGCGGUGCUGAAUGAGAAGGUGAUCACAAAGGAGGAGAUCGGGCGGUAUGUUACUGUGCAUGAGAUUGGCAGCGGAAGUGACUCGGAUAGCCUGGUCGUCGUGGAGAAGAUGGACGUGGACGAGGUAUGA